UUCUAAACCACGAAUUUGCCAGUCCUGAAUGAGGCUUCAGAGGAGGAUAAUCUAAUAGCGUUGGGUCCUGGUUCUCCAGCAGUGGUCACUCCUCGGGUCAGCGCUACACCCGCAUCCACCCUGCAGCCUCCUGCUGCUGCAUCUCUCUCCACACAGCUGGCAGGACAUGAAGUGGGUGCAGACACCGGGACUCUCAGCUCUCUAACCGCUCGCAACCCUCAGGACGACUUUGACAUGUUCGCCCACACCAGGUCCAGCUGUCUGGCUGGCCAGCGCAAAAACGUUAAAUAUGAGGAACCUCAGGCUCUGGUGAGCCUGGCGUCUGCUUUAGACAUCAGACAGCAAAAUGCCACUGGGAUCCCCGUAUCGCAGUCCUCUGUCAUGGAUGACAUUGAGGAGUGGCUCUGUGCCGAGGUGAAGGGUGAAGAGGCCGAGGAAGGAGUCACGAGUAAAGAGUUCGACAAGUUCUUAGAGGAGCGGGCCAAAAGUGCAGACGAGGCUUUACCGUUGGCCCAUGCUGGAGGGCCCAGACCUCCCGCGAGCACGUCUAGCAGCAACCGCAGGACGACACAGCAGACGGAGGACAAUCUCUUUGCCUUGUAGACCCGUGACGGGACAGAUGAUCACACUCCCUUCCAAACGCUUGCUGUUACUGAUAGAGCACUGUGAGAAUCCAGCUUCAUGACAGCUAUAACCUUUGAGCUGAACGGUGCAGUCAAGCCAUGGCUGAAGCAAACAUGUAGCCAAAAUAAUUCUCUUUAGAGAGCUCGUUGGUUUCACUCCUGUCGAAUGGAGCCGAUUGGUUUCGUAUUUAUCGCUCAUUAAUGAACUAACGCUCUUAAAGUUGGCCGUUCUGAGAGGUAUUCA